AUGUCUGAUACAGAUUUUACCUCUUUGACUACAUCACGAACCGAUGAAAAUGAUAUUGAAAUAAUUCAAUCAAACGGUUCUGAUCAAAUGGAAUUCAUAUUAGAUCAUUUUCCCGUAGUAUCAGGUGAUAUUAUCCAACCACCUACACCAUCAGUAUCCACAGUCAGUGUUGAAAGAUCACCAACAAUUCCUGUUCCUGUAUUAAACACUCCUACCGUUGAUCAUGAUGAUUCAGAAGAGAUUGACGAUGAAACAAUAAUUGAACGUUUAUAUGGUCUUACAGAAAUGUUCCCCGAAUGGCUAAGAAAUUUUUCUGGACAAUUAUUUAAUUAUUCAUUCAGUUUGAAAAAAACUGUCAAAGGAGCUGCAUGGUUUGUUGGUUCAUCGCUUGUUAUUUUAGUCUUACCCAUAUUAGUUGAAUUAGAAUUAUCACAAGUUGCAGAAUAUCAAGCGGCUCAGACACGUCAGAUGUCAACAAGUCGAUACUUCAGAUUUUUCAAUUUUAUAAUUGAUAAAGAUAUGGAUUACGAACAUAAUGGACAAUAUCAAUAUGUUGGAGGUUCAGCUUCUGCUAACAAUAAUCAACCUGAUAUCAUUCGACAAGAUAGUGAAAAUUACUAUGAUUCUUCUACAUCAAGUAGAGAAAUAUUAGCUCAUUUCGCUGAAUUUAAACGAGCAGUCGACGACGGAAAUGUUAUCCUUAUAUCACGUUAUUAUAAUACAAAUCACGCUGACUGGAUGGGUGGUGUGACAUUGGAAGAACGUAUCGAUUCAUAUGUCAAUUACAUUGAUUUAUUUAAUAUGGUUUUAGCUAAAGAACCAUUAAAGCUUGAUUUACCUGACCAAUGGUUAUGGGAUAUUAUUGAAGAAUUUAUCUAUCAAUUUCAAUCAUUUUGUAAUUUUCGAACAAAAUUACAAAAGCGUACAGAUGAUGAUGUGGAUCAAUUAAAACGUAAUUCUAAAAUGUGGAGUAUCCAUGCUGUACUUAAUGUGUUGCAUAUUCCAUUUCACGAUAAUAUUGAUCAAAUAUGUCAAACAAAUUUAUAUAAAAUGUUAGGUUAUUUUAGUUUAAUUGGACUGUUAAAACUUCAUACAUUAACAAGUGACUACUAUAUGGCAUUGAAAACAGUCGAAUGUAUUGAUUUAUACGUAGUAAAACAAUAUGUUUAUUGUCAAGUUCCACAUUGUAUUGUUGCAACAAAUUAUCAUGCUGGCUAUUGUUUUACAAUGAUGAGACGAUAUGAAGAUGCCAUACGAAUAUUUGUUGAUACGUUACUUUACAUACAACGAAUUAAAACUGAAUUUACUACGCAAACAUUUCAGAAUGAUGCGGUUAAUAAAACAGGCGAGCAAAUGUUAUUAUUGUUAUCGAUCUGUUUAACAUUAUGUCCAGUAAGAAUAGAUGAAACCCUUUAUCAAAUAUUACGUGAAAAAUUUCAAGAUAAAUUAAAUAAGCCAUUAUUAACUACUGGGACUGAUGGUAAAAUACAAUUUCGUGAUCAUUUUGGUUUCGCUUGUCCAAAAUUUAUUUCACCAUCUCCUACAAUUUAUGAUCAACGAACGGAUCACCAAUGGGCAGAACCCUUCAAUAAACAAAUCGAGGUGUUUAUGGAAGAAGUACAGGAGCAAAUAUAUAUUCCAGAUGUUCGGAGUUAUUUAAAAUUAUAUACAACAUUGAAUAUCGACAAAUUAGCAAUAUUUAUGGAGAAGACUCCACAAGAAGUUAAAACGAUAUUAUUAACAUUUAAACAUAAAUUAAGUGGAACUGAUUUGUCUCAGAAGAAAGAUGAAGAUUUUCAAUCCUCUGCUGAUAUUGAUUUUUACGUUGAUAAGGAAAUUAUUCAUAUUGCUGAUACAAAAGUGACUCGACGUUAUAGCGAUUAUUUAGUAAAACAAAUUAUCAAAUUUGAAGAACUCACUCGCUCAAUUAGUGAAGGAUUUGGUCUACGUUAUAAUAACAAACAGUAA